AUGUUAAAGGCAUGGAAACGGAAAUGGGUUGUGAUUCGACCGAACACCACCAAGGGCUCGGAACAAUCCUCAGUCCUCCUGGAACUGUACCUUGAGAAAGGGGCCUACAACAAGACCGUGACCAGUCUCCUGCUCGAAGGCAUCACCCAGAUCAAGAGGGUCAUCUCCAAGAGUCAGCCCAGGGCUUUCGAGUUCGUCAAGGGUUCGACUGUGUCCUUGACGCUGGCUGGUGAUAGCGAGACAGAGACGCAGGAAUGGAUCGAGAUCUUCAAGAAACUGUUGCUUCCUGCUUCAGAGCACAAGGAACUUGACGCCAUCCAAGGCUACGGUAAAGAUGUAAUACGAGUCACGGUGGUGCCCAACAAGGAUUCUGAAAGGCUGAAGUUAUGUGGGACGUAUCUGGCCGGUGUGUCUCGUCUUCAGGUGGCUCUACACAAUGUCCACACAGGGGAGAAAGCAAUUGAGUGGGACCUCAGACACAUGAAGAGGUUCAUGCUGCCUAGCAAAGGACCACAUCAAGACCUAGAAAAGAUCGCCUGUUUGCAGAUCAGCAAUCGGAGUCCGCAAGGAGAAGGCGAGUACCUGCUUCACAGUCCGAAUGCCAAACCGCUUGUAGAGGCGAUCUACGAGCGUCUGAGCUCGGCUAUCACUGUCAAGGAGCGACGAUCAAGAACGUCCUCAAUGCUCUUCGAGAUCCCACCUAAAGAACUGGAGCAGCUAGCCAAGGCGAUCCAAGAGGGUGGCGAUCCAGGGUUCGUCAUGGUCAACGCCGACGGCAGCCUCGAAGAUGAAACGUUCGAGAGCGAAGGAGAGAAGAAGGAAAACGGUGAAGCGAAUACCAAUGGAGAUGCAGAAGUAAAGGCAAACGGAGACAGCACGGAGAAUCAUGUCGAUAAUUCGUCUGCAGAGGAAGCUAAAUUGGAAAAUGGAGAAAGAAAUGAGGGAAAGCUAGAAAAUGGACAGACUGAAGAAUUAAAGACUGAUGCAGAGGCUCUUUCAAAGGAAAGUACGGCAGAUGAGACUCCCGUUGGCGGUAGCACAACAGAGACUGCACAGGAGAAUAGGCUGACAGCGAAUGGAGACGAUGACUCGCCAGAGGUUGCCGCAAAUGAAUCGCCUGUAGCAAAUAGUGCAGAUGUCACUGCGGAUAACAAUGCUGUGUCCGCCGACACUGUCGCCGAAGAAGUCGCUCACAGUGAAAAGACUGGUGACGAGCAAUAUGGAAAUUCAGAAGAUGCAAAGGAUAAGGGGAGUGAACAACCAGAACCUGAAAGUUUGCCCACCACUGAUGCAAGCGCUGAGGAUUCAUCAAGUACAGCACCGGUAGAGACACAGGACUUUGCCGCCGGUCCUAUCGAUGCAGAAGACGAGGCGGAGGAACUUGGAGAGGGCACAGCAGAAGUUCAACCACGAAUGCCUCCAGGUUCUGAUGAACCGGAAGAACCUGAGGCAAGGGAGAAAACGGCAUCUAACGAUGUUAGCGAAGUAAUUGAUGAAAGAACAGUUGAGACAGCAGACAGUGUAGUAUCAGCUGAGAGAAAUAGCGAAGAGGUAGCAGAAGAACCACAAACGCAGUCCUUGACAGAGGAUAAUAUUCAGGUUGAAAUAAGCACAGACACUCAAGACAUUGAAACGGAAAGUGCCGCUAUUGAUGAAUCAAGUGCAUUAAGUGAGCAGUCGGUCACAACCUUGGAAAAUAACCAACAAGAAGAAGUCCCUGCAGAAGAACCGCAAGGUUCAGAACCGAGUGAGGAAAGCAGUACAGAGUCUCCACAACAAGUCGAGGAGACGACAGCGGAGGAUGCCGUGACGCCAUCUGAAUCCGGAAAGACCGAGAUUGCCGACGCGGAGGAAUCGCCAGCAUCGCAAGAAACGUCGAAAAGUGAAAACGAGUCACAAGAGCAGAAUGCGAAGGUUUCGGACGGGGAGAACAUCCCAACAGAGCAGACACAAGAUGGUCCUUCACAGCAAGUCGACGUAGCACCUGACAGCUCGACACCGACGUCCGAUGAAGUAGCGCAAGAUGCAAAACCUGCGACUCCGGUCGUCGAAACCGUGGAAUCGGUUAUCGUAGCUGAACCUGUUGUUGUAGAUGUCCAAGAGAAACAUGAAGAACCCGCCGGCGAAAAUGCUAAUGACGAAGAUACUGCAAUGUGAAGUAAUCGAUAUUGAAUUCAUUGUAAGUCUCCAUCCCGUUGGAUGUGCCCAGAAAGACGGUUCAAAUGAAAGCAUUUUCAAACCUUGAUCGCGAGGUAUUUUCACUGAAUCCUUCACGUAAUGGGCAUAAAGACGAAUGGCAGAUAUAAAUAAUGUUUAUUUAAUCUAUUCAAUAGAAACAGUGAAAGUAUUUUCAAAUUGAGUUCAUGAUGGUUGAAAGAAACUUAAAAUCAUUGCCAUAAACUUGCAUUGCAAUAGCAUUAUCCAAUGUGAUUUUGCUCAAAGCAUUGAACAUUCUCCUCGAUUUCAGGUUAUUCCUGAGUGUACGACAUGGUAGUGUCGUAACUAACAAUUUAUAAAGUGUAUGGCAUAUGAAAUCCCACAUGAAUUGAUAUCAUGACUAUUGAAUCAAUAUCGUCAAUUUCAACGCUCCUUUAAUUAGCAGCACAAUUAAUGUCAAACACGUGCACCGUUAAGACCGCGGCAACUGUUGCAUUAUUGUAGAGUAUUUAUAUUGAUACUUGUGAUAAAGUAAGUGUCAAGCGCAAUACAAACAAGUAUAAUUGUUAUUCUUAUACCCAAACGAGAUGGAACUGUUAUGAAGUCGUUUGAGUCACACCGAGAUCUCUCUUUCAACAUACAAGAAGUUGAUGACAUGGAUGAAAGACAUUGUGAGCUAUAAGAAUAACUGUUGUCUUGGGUGUAAACCCUUUGCGGAUAUUGCUCCUAAUACGUUCCGGUAAAGGCGCAUGCCGGAAAGGCACAAUUUGCAAAAUGAAUUGCAUCAUAGAGAAUGAUCACAUCCUUAUUGCGACAGAAAGAGGUAUGAGUGUGAAGCUUGGUGUGACAGAUCGUAUCAUGAGGCCUCAUUUAGUUUACUUUUUAAAGGAAAGUAGUUUGUUAAUCUUGUUUCUUAAUCUUCGAAAUCGUGAACACGUGCGUUAUUUUCUUUUUUGGGGGGGUGGGAAUUUGCUUUCUUACGAUAUUCGAUUUUUUUUCAAAUUUGGGUUUCGGUUUGGUAUUUCAUUGCAAAUAAUUUCGUUUACCAGUCAUGUAAUGCAAUCAAAUCCAUUUGAGAUGAGCUUCUACUUUUUUAAUUAUUUCAACAAUUAAAUUUUUAUUUUAUGACAUGAUCUCUUUAAUAUUAUAAAUUUAUAAUAGCUGUUUUAUUAACAGCAAGUAACAGAAUGGCAUCGGACGAAAAUGAGGAAGAAGUUGAUUUCCCCUUUAACCUACAUGUAUCUCCGACAUUAUGGUGCCACAUUAAUAGGCAACAUUAGUUGGCGAGGCCACAUGGAAAGUGCCAGCUAUCAUUGAUAACAGAUUACCAAAAUGCAAUUCUUAGUGAAUCAUUAAAGUCUUUUGUAUAAACACUAAUCCACAGCAAGCCGCGUGUAAUAUCAUUUAUAUACCUUCUGUGAAUUAAAGAUUAGACUUUAAUUCCUCACUUUUCUAGUUUUCUUCCAUCCACCCGUCCUUCCUCCCCGAUAAUAGGGACCUUACGUCAUGUUACAGGACACAAAAGUUAAGGAGAAAGCUAAAGUAAACUUCAUUAUUGUUUUUUUUUCUCCAGAGAACAUAGUGACUUUCAGUGUAUGUAUGUAAUCUGUUUGCAAAUAACCCGUUAACAAAAAAAGAAAUCACGUUGCUGUCUCUGUCAAACCUCGGAUAAACUGUCGGGAAAUCAUAGUUUCAAAAGUCUGCAAAGAUUUUGAAUAGGCCUAUAUGUCAGUAAACAGGUCAUUUUUAGUUUGUCCAAAACAAAGUUUGUUAAAAAAAAAGAGAAGCUGGUAAUCAUGGUAAUAGUAUAUGAAGUUGAAUCAGUAUCGGAUCCCGGUAUAGGGGCACAUCCGGUCCGUCCCUCCCCCCCUCCCCUUUGAGAGGCCCCGAAAAUAUUUUUAGGGGAAUAUGUCAUGCAUAUGCAAAUGAGGACCUUUUCCCCUUCUUUUUCUUUAUUUUUAUUUUCAUUUUGUUUAUUCAUUUUUUUUUCUGCUUGUCAAACUUUUCAUGGGAACAAAAGACCUCCAUUAAGUAUUGAAAACUUUUUUUUGCUUGUCAAUUUUUUCCUGUACAAAAUGCCCCCUUAAAAAAAAAAUCCUGGACCCGCCCGCGCAUGGGUUGAAUGUUUAUAAACCGUUUAUCCCAUAACGUAUGUUACAGUCUCAUCAACGGAACCGACUCCAGGCCGAUCAUUGCUACAACGUUAUUUCAAAUGACAUACCAUCGAUCAGUUAGGAGUCUGUUACUUCAGCGUCACUUCCUUUCUGUUCUCAUUUACCCUUCGAUAUUUUCUGAAGUAAUAUUCUCCGGGACAAAAUGUUACAAAAAGAUCAAAAUAGCUAUAAUUACAAAUAUUCACAAAAAAAUUUGUGUGUAACGGCUGAUUCGCUUUUCUCUGUGCUCCUGUGAACAUAUUGUUUCGUUUCAGUUUCAGCAAUGUCGCUCUUCGAGAAUGAUGAAUUAUUCGAAUACCCUUUUGAAUGGCAAAAAAAUACGUACUCAAGCUGUAUGCUGCUCAUACCUUUUAGCAUUAUGGUUCUUUCAUCGCUAGUUAUGGUUAGUUUAGAGUGUCUAUUGUGAAAAAUACACAAUAGUUUUUAUGCUGCGCGAUGACUAAUGUUGUCAUUGGCUUGUGUGUAUCUAUUUGCCAUAUAGAAUUUGUUAUAUAAAUUCAACAGAUUGCAAACAUUAUUUAGUGAUUACUUUGUUAGUUAUUCCAUGUUAUUAUUUAGACGAUAUACUCGUAUAUACUGUAGUUCUUUACUUCAUCUAGAUACUGUUUUCAUUGUACAUUGAUGACGGCAUGUACAAUGAUUAGAAUACUAAUGUGUUAUUCCCGUCACCGUUUUCAAGAACCGUCACAAAAGCUAGGGUUUCGUGUACAGAUCGAAACACUUUUACGUUAAGCUUUUUGUCGGGCUACAAAUACGUGACCUAACUUACAUUUUUAUUAUAAUAAGAUAUGCUAGUAUUCGUAUGAGACCAUUAAAGACUCCGAAACUUUGAUUAUUAUUGUCUGGUUCAAAAUACCAAGAGUUAGUUAUAUUUCGUCGAUUUUGGGCCAUUUUGAACCCCUUACUGAAAAUGUUGACGAGUUCAGCUUUUGAUAAAGGGGACGAUGUGAUUUUUUUUUUUUUUUUGGGGGGGGGGGCCUUGCUGGAUAUGUGACUGAAAACUUCAGUGACAUUUAUUCAAUAUUCCCAAUUAAUGGGGGAAAAAACCAUUGUUAGAUAUCAACAUCCUGAUUUAUAAUUCGUUUUAAAAGUAAUUAUACAAUAAUCAGUUAUAUUUAGAUCAAUACCUAGUCUAUAUCUUAUAGUUAAUGGUUAUCGCAUUCUAUUAUAUUUAUAUUUUACGUUUAUUCACAAUUAUUCCAUUUGUAAUUUCAUCUUGUACAAACUGUUUGUAUCAGUUUGUAUCAGUGUACUUCUGUACAUUAGAAUACAGUUUAACUGCGGCAUUUUUCUUUGUGUGUGUAAAGUAGUAAAUCGUCAGCAAAUGUGUACAAAUUGUAAACUGAACUUAAAUUCGGUAAUUGUCGAUUUAGUUUAAAUUUCCUGGUAAGACCAGUCCUCCACGAAACGUUUCGUAAUGACAGACUUGAUAACUUUAGUCUACUAUUUGCUGAAUGAAAUGCUGUACCUUUGAGUGGCAUUUGGUGAAUUAUCUGCGCAAUUUUAAUGUUCAAUAACAACGCUUCUUCAUAUUAUAUACGAUGAUGCAUUCAGCUAAUGCACAAAAUUUUACUCCCCGACAUUUCCUAUUUUUUUACAUUUGCUUAUUUCCCAUACACCAUUGGCAUUGUGUACAUUUGAUAUAUUUUUUUCUUAUGACAUAUACAUGUCUUUUUACGCUGCAUGUUAUUCUUGCCCUUGAUUUGUUUAUCAACUCGUUAUUAUUUUCAUGACAUCGAGCUCGAGAAAAAUGUGAUAUUUGUGUACAUUUCAAGAUGACCUUAUGCACUGCAGUUUAAUGUUUAUUACAGUAUGUUGUGUGCUUCAUGAUUAAUCUUUUUCACACUGAUGUGAAGGGGGCGGGGGGCUCUCGACUCUAUCUUUUUUUUCUCUCUCUCUCUUCCUUACUCCCCUCUCUUUACUAUAGAUUUGGCAUGGUGUGCUUUAUUUAUUCCCCAUUGCGUUUUUCAAUAUAUAUGACUUUUUUUUAAUCGACCGCGUCACACAGUUGCACAGGAAUAUUUAGGAUUGGCAUUGAUGCAGAUUACUUCUCUUGUGUUUUUACGUUUUCAUUAUCCACAUGGUGGAAUAUGAUGAAAAUGUUGUUGUGCAUUUUCAUAUUUAAGUUCGUUAUCAUGCUUGUGUAAUACUAUUAUUGGCAUUGGUUUUGGGGUUUGCUUUUAUUUGAAAAUACUCUUUUUUUUUCUUCUUAAUCCCUGCAAUGCACACUGGAUCAAGGACCUGUACUGCACAGAAUGCUUUAAAACCAUUUUUUCUAGAAAAAAAAGAUAAUGAUGUGCACAUGGCGAAGAAUUUUUACAAUUUUUUUCCUACCUUGCGUUGAAAUGUCGGCAAAAUGAUCAAUCUUAUUUAGAAGUAGUUAUAUCUAUAUGCAUUCUAUUACAUACUUGAAUCAUAUUUAUGUUCUUGAAUAGACAAAAAUAACCUUAACUAGUUUUACAAUUUGAUCAUUACUUACUUAAGCAAGCUAUAAUUGUUCAUUAUAACAGUGUAAGUUCAUUUGUAUAUUUAUUAUAAUGGCUGAUAUAGUCAUUUGAAGUUGAUUUUUGUUAAUAAGACAUUUAAUUUGUUUAACAUUUUUUCCAAACUUUGCUUUGCAUUUUGUAUAAUGGAAUGUGCUAUCAUUGGGUGAUUCAUGAGCUUGUGCUGUUUGAGUUAAAUACACAUUACUUCACCGAUGACUGGAAAAGGCCUAUGGCAAGCCAUUGGGGUGCCAACUUCAUAUGUUCAUUAAUGAGAGUAUAAUUUCAAUCAAAUAGUAGGAAAGUACUGGCCUGCUUUGCUUUAAAAUCGUUCAACAAAAAUAAAUUUCAACAUCAGCAAUGUUCAUCAUUACACAUCUAUAUAUUUCAACAUUAACUGAUGCGAAUGUGAAUGUGAUAAGAAAUAUGGAAUUCCAUUCGGCAAAAGUUGAUGAAAUCAUGCUGAAAUGUACAAACAGCUUAAUGAAACACCCAAAUUCCACUUUAUCUAUUAUUAACAGUCUUUUUUUACCAUGUCUCAUUAUUACAUUUUUUCUUUCCAUGUAUUCGAACCGCGAGUGAAUAUAUUGUUCUUGUCGAUUAUUGGCAUUUAUAUGAAAAGAGAUCUUAUAUUGCAUUAAAUAAUACAGAUAUAUCUGUGAA